AUGAUCCUUUCAGCGUCCUCCUUUCAAGGUUAUCUGUCCUUCUACAGGAAAGUAUUAUCUGGUGUGCUCACCCUUUCUAGCACGUUAUUGGUGAUGCGUCCUGUCAGCGGCUUGUUGUCCGGGAAAGUGACCCUUCCAUGUUUCUUCUCAAUCAACCCCACUCUUGGACCUCGAAACAGAAAUGCCUCAGGAACAGACUACCUGCGCAUCAAAUGGACCAAAAUUGAGGGGGGUGUUGAAUCGACCGUUCUUGUCACCCAAAACGGCGUCAUUAAGAUUGGUCCAGGGUACAGGAACCAUGUAUCUGUGCAGAGUCAUCCAGAAGACAUUGGGGAUGCUUCUUUGACUAUGGUGAAGCUUAGGGCCAGUGAUGCUGGAACAUACCGCUGUGAAGUGAUGUUUGGGAUUGAAGACACACAAGACACAGUCAGUUUGAAUGUUGAGGGCGUGGUGUUUCACUACAGGUCAAAGGUCAGCCGAUACAUUAUGAACUAUGCACAAGCUGUGCAGACCUGCCGCGAUGUUGGAGCCACCAUUGCUACAGCAGAACAGCUGAGAGCUGCUCAUGAGGAUGGAUUUGAUCAGUGCGAUGCUGGUUGGAUAGCAGAUCAAACAGUGAGAUAUCCAAUCACUAGACCAAGGCCCGGCUGCUUUGGAAAUCUACCUGGAAAACCUGGUGUCAGGUCAUAUGGCAAACGCAGGCCCACAGAGACCUUCGACGUCUACUGCUAUGUGGAUAAACUCGAGGGUAAUGUUUUCUUUGCGCCCACAAUGCGUAAGAUGACCUUGGAUGAGGCCAAGGCUGAGUGUGAAAGCAUGAAUGCAGAGCUGGCCUCACCUGGUCAACUCCACGCUGCCUGGAGACAGGGCCUGGACCGCUGUGAUUACGGAUGGCUGUCUGAUGGCAGCGCUCGCCACCCUGUCUCCAUACCCAGAAGUCAGUGCGGUGGUGGUCUGCUGGGCGUCCGCACCAUGUACCGCUACCAAAACCAAACCGGCUUCCCAGAUCCCAGUAUGAGGCUAGGAGCUUACUGUUUCAAAGGUUCUAAGCUUUUAUUCAACCAUUCCUCCUGGGUGGAUGUAACAGUUCUUAGUGGUACCACUAUGGAGCCCACUACUGCAAUCUUUACCACAGGCCAGACUCUCUCCAGUCUCUCUCCUGAGGCCAGUCCAUCUCAUGCAUCACAGGCCACCUCUGAUGAUGACCUCUCUCCAACAGAGGCCCCUUCUAUGUUUUCUACAAGCAUGGCACCACCAAAGACAAGCCGCGUCCCUGACAGACUAGAAUCUGUUAUCACACCUCUUGCAGCAUCAGUCAGUGCAAAAUCUGAGGAAGGCUUUCUCACAACAAAACUUCCAGAUUUUGAUAUUAGUGAUUUUGACACUGAGAAGGCUGUUGAUCAAGCAGAAGUUCGUGGAGAUGUGAUCCGUGGAGAACUUACUACUGCAGUUCCCACAGCCAAAGAGGAACCCUUAGAGGAGACAGAGGACAAGAACAUCAUUAAAGUAAAUACCAUUCAGCCUGAUAUUUUACUCUCAGACUCUCUAAGCACGAAACCGAUGUUUGCAGUUGGCAAAACAGAGGAGUCUAUCCUGGUUGGGGUUACAAGAGACAGCAUUUUAGAAUCAGAGGCCACUGUAGUCACAGUAAACACUGAAGAAUCUGGACACAAAACGUUAUCGCCCUCUCUUAGUGAAUCCAUCACAAAAUCUCCAGCACAGAUUCUGAUGCACACAGCUGGUGAGACCAGUGCUGGUAAAGGUGAGGCUGAAUCAGAUGCUUCCACACAGUCAUCUUUUACACUGGCAACAGAGGCCACUUUUCUUGUGAGUGCUAAGUCUACUGUGUUCUCUGAGUAUGAAGAUGAGACUGGUGUUGUUAUGGUGAACCCCCCACCUCUGUCUACACAGAGAUCUACCAGCCCAGAACCUGAACCUUCAGAGACCUCCAGUGGAGUUACCAUCACUGAUUCUACAGUUACAUCAGCUGUUUUAAUGCAAAGCUCACAACCUGGAGAAUCUAUAGCAACUACAAGAACCUCCAAAUCUACACAGAAGGCAUCUCAAACAUUCACCAGCUCUUCAGAAAGCAAAACUGUUGAAAUGAUUGGCCAUGUUACAAAGUCACUGGGUUUGACAACACCCAGUUCAGCUACAGUUGCUGCAGGAGAAGCAAAAGCAACGCAUUCAUUUAUUGUCCAUGAAACAUCACAUGAAGAAGCUACAUCAGACCCUUCAGAGGCAUCCAGGGAGACACUAACAGAGGCCAUGGAGACCACCACUGAUUCUGAUCACACAUCAGUUAAACAAAGUCUGAUGCCUUUUGGAGAGCCACAUUCUCACACUCCCCAGUUGGUAGACAUCCCUGAGAUACCUGAUGAUCUUCUUUCUGUUAAUGGGGAGACUGUUGUGGCAAGUGGAGAUUUAUCUGAUACUCUAUCUGAUACCAUGACCCCAACGGUCAGCUUCAUAAAUGGCAAGUUUGAGGUGACACUUCAGCCUAAAGAUGUGGCAGAAGAAACUGGACAUUUUGACAAGACAUUAUCUGAAAGCACUGUAACAAGCACAGUGUCUACAGAGAAGACAACUGCCAAAGAUGUGCUGUCACCAUCACAUUUUACUAUAGUUUUGGCAUCUUCUGAGCCUAAAACAUCAGGAGAUGAGACCUCUGACAUGUUCAGCAAGAAUUUAACAACAAGCCCUUCAUUGUACACCACAACCAAAUCAGAACAAGAACUCAGCAAAACACCAUCUGAAACUACAGAAACAAUCUCAGUGUCCAGCUUGACAGAUGCUGAGAUCACAAAAGAUCAGAUAACUGAGACGGGAAAUGUAGACGAAACAUUAUCUGAAAGGACUGUUACAAUGAUCUCAGAGAAGACAACUGCCAAAGAUGUGCUGUCACCAUCACAUUUAACAAUAGUUUUGGCAUCUUCUGAGCCUGAAGCUUCAGGAGAUGAGACCUCUGACAUGUUCAGCAAGAUGUUCACAACAAGCCCUUCAUUGUACAAGACAACCAAAUCAGAUCUAGAAGACACCAAUCCCACACUGACAAUUUCAGUGUCCAGCUUAACAGAUGCUGAGACUACAACAGAAGAAAAUGAUCACUUGUCUUUAAGAACCAGCAGUGCCACAAUGACUUCAGAGAACACAACUGACCAAGAUAUGCAGUCAUCAAUCUCCUCACUGGACACCACAAGCAAAUCAGACCAAGAACUCAUCAAAAUAUCAUUUGAAACAACAGAAACAUUCUCAGUGUCCAGCUGGACAGAUGCUGAACCUACAAGAGAUCAGACAACUGAGACACAUAGUAGAGAACCUUUUUCUUUUCCUGACUCUACUGUAACUAGUGCUGUACAUACAUUUUCAUCACUGAGCACUGGGGACUCAACAGGAGAAACCGUUACAAGUAAAGAUGUUUCAUCUCAUACAGAAGCAACUACUACUACUCUGAUGGAGGACAAAUAUCUCUCAGCAAAACAAUCUGAAACCUCCAUUAUUAAUAUUUCAGAAACUUUGCUCUCCUCUGCUCAAACUGGACAUUUAGACGAAACAUUAUCUGAAAGCACUGUUACCAUGAUCUUGAAAAAGACAACUGCCAAAGAUGGGCUGUCGCCUUCAAGUUUUUCCUCAAGUUUUACAUCAAUGGUGUCUGAAGCUUCAGGAGAUGACACAUCUGAUUUGUUUAGCAAAGAGUUCACAACAACACCUUCUUCACUUUAUACUCCAACCAAAUCAGACAAUAAACUUACCAAAACACCAUCUGACACAACGGAAACAAUCUCAGUUUCUAGAUCAACAGAUGGUGAAGCUAUAAGAGAUCAGUCAACUGAGACACAUAGUAGAGAACCUGUUUCCUUUGUAGACUCUACUGCAACUACUGCUGUGCAUACAUUUUCUUCACUGAGCACUGGGGACUCAACAGGAGAAACCGUUGCAAGUAAAGAUGUUACAUCUCAUACAGAAGCUAACACAUCUACUCUGACGGAGGACAAAUAUCUCUCAGCAAAACCAUCUGAAUCCACCAUCAUUGAUGUUUCAGAGACUCUGUUCUCCUCUUCUCAGAUGGGAGAUGUAGAUGAAACAUUAUCUGAAAGCACUGUUACAAUGAUCUCAGAGAAGACAACUGCCAAAGAUGGGCUGUCACCUUCAAGUUUUUCUUCAAGCUUGACAUCCAUGGUGUCUGAAGCUUCAGGAGAUGACACCUCUGAUUUGUUUAGCAAAGAGUUCACAACAACAACUUCUUCAUUUUAUACUCCAACUAAAUCAGACUAUGAACUUACCAAAACACCAUCUGACACAACGGAAACAAUCUCAGUUUCUAGAUCAACAGAUGCUGAAGCUAUAAGAGAUCAGUCAACUGAGACACAUAGUAGAGAACCUGUUUCCUUUGUAGACUCUACUGUAACUACUGCUGUACAUACAUUUUCAUCACUGAGCACUGGGGACUCAACAGGAGAAACUGUUACAAGUAAAGAUGUUACAUCUCAUACAGAACAAACCCCAUCUACUCUGACAGAGGACAAAUAUCUCUCAGCAAAACCAUCUGAAUCCACCAUCAUUGAUGUUUCAGAGACUCUGUUCUCCACAUCCCAGACUGGACAUUUAGAAGAAAAUUUAUCUGAAAGCUCUGUUACAAUGAUCUCGGAGAAGACAACUGCCAAAGAUGGGCUGUCGCCUUUAAGUUUUUCCUCAAGUUUUACAUCAAUGGUGUCUGAAGCUUCAGGAGAUGACACCUCUGAUUUGUUUAGCAAAGAGUUCACAACAACACGCUCUUCACUUUAUACUCCAACCAAAUCAGACAAUGAACUUACCAAAACACCAUCUGACACAACGGAAACAAUCUCAGUUUCUGGAUCAACAGAUGGUGAAGCUACAAGAGAUCAGUCAACUGAGACACAUAGUAGAGAACCUGUUUCCUUUUCAGACUCUACUGUAACUAGUGCUGUACAUACAUUUUCUUCACUGAGCACUGGGGAGUCAACAGUACAAACCGUUACAAGUAAAGAUGUUACAUCUCAUACAGAAGCAACCACAUCUACUCUGACAGAGGACAAAUAUCUCUCAGCAAAACCAUCUGAAUCCACCAUCACUGAUUUUUCAGACACUCUGUUCUCCUCUUCUCAGACGGGAGAUGUAGACGAAACAUUAUCUGAAAGCACUGUUACAAUGAUCUCAGAGAAGACAACUGCCAAAGAUGGGCUGUCGCCUUCAAGUUUUUCUUCAAGCUUGACAUCCAUGGUGUCUGAAGCUUCAGGAGAUGACACCUCUGAUUUGUUUAGCAAAGAGUUCACAACAACACGUUCUUCACUUUAUACUCCAACCAAAUCAGACUAUGAACUUACCCAAACAUCAUCUGACACAACGGAAACAAUCUCAGUUUCUAGAUCAACAGAUGCUGAAGCUAUAAGAGAUCAGUCAACUGAGACACAUAGUAGAGAACCUGUUUCCUUUUCAGACUCUACUGUAACUACUGCUGUACAUACAUUUUCAUCACUGAGCACUGGGGACUCAACAGGAGAAACCGUUACAAGUAAAGAUGUUACAGCUCAUACAGAACCAACUCCAUCUACUCUGACAGAGGACAAAUAUCUCUCAGCAAAACAAUCUGAAUCCACCAUCAUUGAUGUUUCAGAGACUCUGUUCUCCUCUUCUCAGACGGGAGAUGUAGACGAAACAUUAUCUGAAAGCACUGUUACAAUGAUCUCAGAGAAGACAACUGCCAAAGAUGGGCUGUCACCUUCAAGUUUUUCUUCAAGCUUGACAUCCAUGGUGUCUGAAGCUUCAGGAGAUGACACCUCUGAUUUGUUUAGCAAAGAGUUCACAACAACAACUUCUUCAUUUUAUACUCCAACUAAAUCAGACUAUGAACUUACCAAAACACCAUCUGACACAACGGAAACAAUCUCAGUUUCUAGAUCAACAGAUGCUGAAGCUAUAAGAGAUCAGUCAACUGAGACACAUAGUAGAGAACCUGUUUCCUUUGUAGACUCUACUGCAACUACUGCUGUACAUACAUUUUCAUCACUGAGCACUGGGGUCUCAACAGGAGAAACCGUUACAAGUAAAGAUGUUACAGCUCAUACAGAAGCAACCACAUCUACUCUGAGAGAGGACAAAUAUCUCUCAGCUAAACCAUCUGAAUCCACCAUCAUUGAUGCUUCAGAGACUCUGUUCUCCACAUCCCAGACUGGACAUUUAGAAGAAAAUUUAUCUGAAAGCUCUGUUACAAUGAUCUCGGAGAAGACAACUGCCAAAGAUGGGCUGUCGCCUUUAAGUUUAUCCUUAAGUUUUACAUCAAUGGUGUCUGAAGCUUCAGGAGAUGACACCUCUGAUAUGUUUAGCAAAGAGUUCACAACAACACGCUCUUCACUUUAUACUCCAACCGAAUCAGACAAUGAACUUACCAAAACACCAUCUGACACAACGGAAACAAUCUCAGUUUCUAGAUCAACAGAUGGUGAAGCUAUAAGAGAACAGUCUACUGAGACACAUAGUAGAGAACCUGUUUCUUUUCUUCACUCUACUGUAACUAGUGCUGUACAUACAUUUUCAUCACUGAGCACUGGGGACUCAACAGGAGAAACUGUUACUAGUAAAGGUGUUACAUCUCAUACAGAAGCAACCACAUCUACUCUGACAGAGGACAAAUAUCUCUCAGCAAAACCAUCUGAAUCCACCACCAUUGAUGUUUCACAGACUCUGUUCUCCUCUUCUCAGACGGGAGAUGUAGACGAAACAUUAUCUGAAAGCACUGUUACAAUGAUCUCAGAGAAGACAACUGCCAAAGAUGGGCUGUCGCCUUCAAGUUUUUCUUCAAGCUUGACAUCCAUGUUGUCUGAAGCUUCAGGAGAUGACACCUCUGAUUUGUUUAGCAAAGAGUUCACAACAACAACUUCUUCAUUUUAUACUCCAACUAAAUCAGACUAUGAACUUACCCAAACAUCAUCUGACACACCAGAAACAAUCUCAGUUUCUAGAUCAACAGAUGCUGAAGCUAUAAGAGAUCAGACAACUGAGACACAUAGUAGAGAACCUGUUUCCUUUUCAGACUCUACUGUAACUACUGCUGUACAUACAUUUUCAUCACUGAGCACUGGGGACUCAACAGGAGAAACUGUUACAAGUAAAGAUGUUACAUCUCAUACAGAAAAAACCCCAUCUACUCUGACAGAGGACAAAUAUCUCUCAGCAAAACCAUCUGAAUCCACCAUCAUUGAUGUUUCAGAGACUCUGUUCUCCACAUCCCAGACUGGACAUUUAGAAGAAAAUUUAUCUGAAAGCUCUGUUACAAUGAUCUCGGAGAAGACAACUGCCAAAGAUGGGCUGUCGCCUUUAAGUUUUUCCUCAAGUUUUACAUCAAUGGUGUCUGAAGCUUCAGGAGAUGACACCUCUGAUUUGUUUAGCAAAGAGUUCACAACAACACGUUCUUCACUUUAUACUCCAACCAAAUCAGACAAUGAACUUACCAAAACACCAUCUGACACAACGGAAACAAUCUCAGUUUCUGGAUCAACAGAUGCUGAAGCUACAAGAGAUCAGUCAACUGAGACACAUAGUAGAGAACCUGUUUCCUUUUCAGACUCUACUGUAACUAGUGCUGUACAUACAUUUUCUUCACUGAGCACUGGGGAGUCAACAGUACAAACCGUUACAAGUAAAGAUGUUACAUCUCAUACAGAAGCAACCACAUCUACUCUGACAGAGGACAAAUAUCUCUCAGCAAAACCAUCUGAAUCCACCAUCACUGAUUUUUCAGACACUCUGUUCUCCUCUUCUCAGACGGGAGAUGUAGACGAAACAUUAUCUGAAAGCACUGUUACAAUGAUCUCAGAGAAGACAACUGCCAAAGAUGGGCUGUCGCCUUCAAGUUUUUCUUCAAGCUUGACAUCCAUGGUGUCUGAAGCUUCAGGAGAUGACACCUCUGAUUUGUUUAGCAAAGAGUUCACAACAACACGUUCUUCACUUUAUACUCCAACCAAAUCAGACUAUGAACUUACCCAAACAUCAUCUGACACAACGGAAACAAUCUCAGUUUCUAGAUCAACAGAUGCUGAAGCUAUAAGAGAUCAGUCAACUGAGACACAUAGUAGAGAACCUGUUUCCUUUUCAGACUCUACUGUAACUACUGCUGUACAUACAUUUUCAUCACUGAGCACUGGGGACUCAACAGGAGAAACCGUUACAAGUAAAGAUGUUACAGCUCAUACAGAACCAACUCCAUCUACUCUGACAGAGGACAAAUAUCUCUCAGCAAAACAAUCUGAAUCCACCAUCAUUGAUGUUUCAGAGACUCUGUUCUCCUCUUCUCAGACGGGAGAUGUAGACGAAACAUUAUCUGAAAGCACUGUUACAAUGAUCUCAGAGAAGACAACUGCCAAAGAUGGGCUGUCACCUUCAAGUUUUUCUUCAAGCUUGACAUCCAUGGUGUCUGAAGCUUCAGGAGAUGACACCUCUGAUUUGUUUAGCAAAGAGUUCACAACAACAACUUCUUCAUUUUAUACUCCAACUAAAUCAGACUAUGAACUUACCAAAACACCAUCUGACACAACGGAAACAAUCUCAGUUUCUAGAUCAACAGAUGCUGAAGCUAUAAGAGAUCAGUCAACUGAGACACAUAGUAGAGAACCUGUUUCCUUUGUAGACUCUACUGCAACUACUGCUGUACAUACAUUUUCAUCACUGAGCACUGGGGUCUCAACAGGAGAAACCGUUACAAGUAAAGAUGUUACAGCUCAUACAGAAGCAACCACAUCUACUCUGAGAGAGGACAAAUAUCUCUCAGCUAAACCAUCUGAAUCCACCAUCAUUGAUGCUUCAGAGACUCUGUUCUCCACAUCCCAGACUGGACAUUUAGAAGAAAAUUUAUCUGAAAGCUCUGUUACAAUGAUCUCGGAGAAGACAACUGCCAAAGAUGGGCUGUCGCCUUUAAGUUUAUCCUUAAGUUUUACAUCAAUGGUGUCUGAAGCUUCAGGAGAUGACACCUCUGAUAUGUUUAGCAAAGAGUUCACAACAACACGCUCUUCACUUUAUACUCCAACCGAAUCAGACAAUGAACUUACCAAAACACCAUCUGACACAACGGAAACAAUCUCAGUUUCUAGAUCAACAGAUGGUGAAGCUAUAAGAGAACAGUCUACUGAGACACAUAGUAGAGAACCUGUUUCUUUUCUUCACUCUACUGUAACUAGUGCUGUACAUACAUUUUCAUCACUGAGCACUGGGGACUCAACAGGAGAAACUGUUACUAGUAAAGGUGUUACAUCUCAUACAGAAGCAACCACAUCUACUCUGACAGAGGACAAAUAUCUCUCAGCAAAACCAUCUGAAUCCACCACCAUUGAUGUUUCACAGACUCUGUUCUCCUCUUCUCAGACGGGAGAUGUAGACGAAACAUUAUCUGAAAGCACUGUUACAAUGAUCUCAGAGAAGACAACUGCCAAAGAUGGGCUGUCGCCUUCAAGUUUUUCUUCAAGCUUGACAUCCAUGUUGUCUGAAGCUUCAGGAGAUGACACCUCUGAUUUGUUUAGCAAAGAGUUCACAACAACAACUUCUUCAUUUUAUACUCCAACUAAAUCAGACUAUGAACUUACCCAAACAUCAUCUGACACACCAGAAACAAUCUCAGUUUCUAGAUCAACAGAUGCUGAAGCUAUAAGAGAUCAGACAACUGAGACACAUAGUAGAGAACCUGUUUCCUUUUCAGACUCUACUGUAACUACUGCUGUACAUACAUUUUCAUCACUGAGCACUGGGGACUCAACAGGAGAAACCGUUACAAGUAAAGAUGUUACAUCUCAUACAGAAAAAACCCCAUCUACUCUGACAGAGGACAAAUAUCUCUCAGCAAAACCAUCUGAAUCCACCAUCAUUGAUGUUUCAGAGACUCUGUUCUCCACAUCCCAGACUGGACAUUUAGAAGAAAAUUUAUCUGAAAGCUCUGUUACCAUGAUCUUGGAAAAGACAACUGCCAAAGAUGGGCUGUCGCCUUUAAGUUUUUCCUCAAGUUUUACAUCAAUGGUGUCUGAAGCUUCAGGAGAUGACACCUCUGAUUUGUUUAGCAAAGAGUUCACAACAACACGUUCUUCACUUUAUACUCCAACCAAAUCAGACAAUGAACUUACCAAAACACCAUCUGACACAACGGAAACAAUCUCAGUUUCUGGAUCAACAGAUGCUGAAGCUACAAGAGAUCAGUCAACUGAGACACAUAGUAGAGAACCUGUUUCCUUUUCAGACUCUACUGUAACUAGUGCUGUACAUACAUUUUCUUCACUGAGCACUGGGGAGUCAACAGUACAAACCGUUACAAGUAAAGAUGUUACAUCUCAUACAGAAGCAACCACAUCUACUCUGACAGAGGACAAAUAUCUCUCAGCAAAACCAUCUGAAUCCACCAUCACUGAUUUUUCAGACACUCUGUUCUCCUCUUCUCAGACGGGAGAUGUAGACGAAACAUUAUCUGAAAGCACUGUUACAAUGAUCUCAGAGAAGACAACUGCCAAAGAUGGGCUGUCGCCUUCAAGUUUUUCUUCAAGCUUGACAUCCAUGGUGUCUGAAGCUUCAGGAGAUGACACCUCUGAUUUGUUUAGCAAAGAGUUCACAACAACACGUUCUUCACUUUAUACUCCAACCAAAUCAGACUAUGAACUUACCCAAACAUCAUCUGACACAACGGAAACAAUCUCAGUUUCUAGAUCAACAGAUGCUGAAGCUAUAAGAGAUCAGUCAACUGAGACACAUAGUAGAGAACCUGUUUCCUUUUCAGACUCUACUGUAACUACUGCUGUACAUACAUUUUCAUCACUGAGCACUGGGGACUCAACAGGAGAAACCGUUACAAGUAAAGAUGUUACAGCUCAUACAGAACCAACUCCAUCUACUCUGACAGAGGACAAAUAUCUCUCAGCAAAACAAUCUGAAUCCACCAUCAUUGAUGUUUCAGAGACUCUGUUCUCCUCUUCUCAGACGGGAGAUGUAGACGAAACAUUAUCUGAAAGCACUGUUACAAUGAUCUCAGAGAAGACAACUGCCAAAGAUGUGCUGUCACCUUCAAGUUUUUCUUCAAGCUUGACAUCCACGGUGUCUGAAGCUUCAGGAGAUGACACCUCUGAUUUGUUUAGCAAAGAGUUCAGAACAACAACUUCUUCACUUUAUACUCCAACUAAAUCAGACUAUGAACUUACCAAAACACCAUCUGACACAACAGAAACAAUCUCAGUUUCUAGAUCAACUGAUGCCGAAGCUAUAAGAGAUCAGUCAACUGAGACACAUAGUAGAGAACCUGUUUCUUUUGUAGACUCUACUGCAACUACUGCUGUACACACAUUUUCAUCACUGAGCACUGGGGACUCAACAGGAGAAACUGUUACUAGUAAAGAUGUUACAUCUCAUACAGAAGCAACCACAUCUACUCUGACAGAGGACAAAUAUCUCUCAGCAAAACCAUCUGAAUCCACCAUCAUUGAUGUUUCAGAGACUCUGUUCUCCUCUUCUCAGAUGGGAAAUGUAGACGAAACAUUAUCUGAAAGCACUGUUACAAUGAUCUCAGAGAAAACAACUGCCAAAGAUGGGCUGUCGCCUUCAAGUUUUUCUUCAAGCUUGACAUCCAUGGUGUCUGAAGCUUCAGGAGAUGACACCUCUGAUUUGUUUAGCAAAGAGUUCACAACAACUAGUUCUUCACUUUAUUCUGCAACCAAGUCAGACUUUGAAUUGACCAAGACAUCAUCUGAUAUGACAGAAACAAUCUCAGUGUCCAUUUCCACAGAUGCUGAAGUUACAAGAGAUCAGGGGAAAACAUCCAAAGAUUUUGUAUCACUGUUAAGUUUUACUUCAGUUUUGUCAUCUUUAGGGUAUGAUGGUUCAGUAGCUGAGCCCUCUUAUAUGUUUAAGAAAGUGUUCACAACAAGUUCUUCACUUCAUAUUACAACCAAAUCAGAUGAUGAGAUUACAAGUACUACAGCACAAAAUAUUAAAGCUUCUGUGAAAAUGCAAACAGAACAAACUACCACACAGACCCUUUCUACAGUACCUGCUAUAGACUUGACCAGUGCAAGCUCAGUGUGGAACUCAACUGAUGCAGAUAUUAAGCCAACAGAGAGACAUCCAACAGAAUCUGUUUCUUCUUUUAUCUCUGAUUUGUCAGAAGUAACAGUCCAGCAAGAGGUUUCCAGUGAUGAAGACAGAAUUACACUGACAACUAAAUCAUAUGAUAAUUAUAUUGUAGCCACUGAUGAGGCAGAAAUUCAUGAGACUGACCAAACAUCAGAGCCAAUGAGACCUGCAAGUUUUUUACAUUCCACUUCAACAACUGAAUUGUUUUCAAGCACAGUGCAAACAGUGGAUACAGACUCAUCUUCUGAACAAGGUAGUGGAGACAUUUUAGAAAAUGAAGUGGCUGAAAAUGAUGGCGCUGACGAAAUAUCCUCUGAUGUUGUAGAAUCAAUACCACACCAUGUUGCACCACCAGAGGACAAGACAACUGCUGUUGGUGUUGAAUCAACUCCUUUUUCUGUAGUGCAACCUUCAGAAAAUGUGACAGCAACAAUAGAUGUUACAGCAACUGUGAUUGGAAAAGCUAUACCAAGCUCAUUAUUUACUCUCACAGAGGUAGAAGGUAGAUCAAGUUACACAACAAUAGAGCCUGUUAGUUCAAGACUCACCUCAGUGUCUUCUAGACCUUCUUAUACUAAUACUGAAUCACAGUCGACUAAACACACCACAAAAUCAAUUAUUAGUCCUACUGCAAUUGGAUCAGGUAAACCUGGUCUUAUUUCAGUGGCAACAGCUGAAUUUGACCACACUGCACCUUCAGCAACAGUCACCGCUAGUUAUGAAGCAACAUCAGCUCUUCUCAGGACAAAAACACUGUUAACAUCUACUAGCAAAUUCCAAAGCAAGCACACAACAAUUUCAUCUGAUGCAGAGGAUGACACAACAGAUGAUGUAGGAUCAGGGGUGUCCCCUGUCAUGCAUGUUUCAUCAGCGGCCAUCAAAACUCAGACUGGUUCUCCUACAGUUCAUAUAACUAGCAUUGGCUCCACAGAAGUAGACAGGGACAUCACUAUAACACAAAAUGCAAUCCCUAUCAUAUCUGCAUCUGUCGAGAGAGAAGGCUCUGGUAUUGAAGAAGAUGACCAAGAAACUACUCAACUCGAUAGUUCUGGCGAAGAGGACAGAGUAAGUCCAACAGAGGAAAUGCAUGACAAUUAUACCAUGCCCACUGAUGACAUGGAAAUCAGUGAGGCUAACCGCACAUCAGAGCAAUUGAGCUUUGUAAGUCCCUCCCAUUCUACGUCCUUCACAACUAAAUCAACAUUGUCUACCACGGUCCACACAGCAGUGAGAUUUGUAUCUACUGAAGGUAGUGAAACAACAGCUGAAAGUGAAGUGGAUGAAGGAGAUGGCUCUGGUGGUGAAAUAUCACCAGAAACUCUUGGGUCAAUUCGCCCUGAAGCUGCAACACAUGCUGCAGAACUGACAUCUGAUGCUUUAUUAGAUUCAGCUACACAAAAGAGUACCUUACAGCCAAGCACUCAAGAAACUGACUUAACAACCAGUGAGGAUGACAAGGAAUUUACCUCGCCAGGAGAUCCUUCUGAUGAAAUAUCUAAAACGUUAACAACUAAGGCAUAUGAGGACUUAUCUGUAAGAACUGAUGAGGCAGAAAUUGAUGAGACUGAGGGGGAAACAGGUUUCUCGAGUGCUGCAUCUGUCACUGGCAGUACAGAUUUCAUACAUCAGUCAACUUUAUCACCAUCUCCCUCAUUCCUGAGCUCCACCCAGUCAACUGUUACGUUUACAACUACACUUUCAGAAGAUGGAAGUGGGGAAGACUCAACUGAGGGGGAUGGAGCAGAAGAUGAUGGAUCAGGUGAUGAUACAACUCCUGUGACAUCUUCACCUUUGCUGUCAAGCUCAAAGAUGACAGAAACAACCAUUAUCAUGACACCCUUUAGUUCAGAGAAAAGUGAACAGUACAGUACAGUCAGAGUUGUUUCACAGGGACACACAACAAAAGAGACGCAGAGUGUGUUUUUAAGCACAAAUGCUGAAGGUUUUGCUGUGAUGUCAGUGACAGCACCAACAGAGCAGGAACAUUCUGCUGUUUCUGUCUCAGAUUUAGCAGCCACUAGCUUUACAGCUCCUGGAACCCAAUCUGGUAUGAUAAACAACCAAACUAAGUUGCCUUCUUUCGUGACACGUCAAGAUCCCGUAUCCACUGCUACUCCAUUGGUCAUCUCUAAAGACAGUGCUGAUCAGCAAGUCACUCCAACAAGCCCAGUCUUAAUAUUCACAGAGGAGGAGGAAGAUGAAGAUAAGCUGUUUACAACUGUAACAGAAAGUAUGAGAGAUCGUAGCAUUGAACCAGAAGUUUUCAGUAAGGAUGAUAUGAUUAUUGAUGCAGAUACUCUGUCUGUUUUAGAGCAGUCUUCUCCCUUCGCCCCUACAAUUGUUACAGAAGAAGCAGCUGGGGUAACCCCAAUUGUCAUGACGGCACAACCCUUAAGCUUUAUGACAGAGGAACCAGAGGGAUCUGGAAUGGAUGGCACUGAGUUACCUCAGUUACAUGUAUCAUUUGAAACCACAACAGACAGGUUAAUAGUUCAACAAACCCAAUCAACCCCAAACAUCCUGCAGAGUAUUUCAACAUAUUUAGAAGAGGAAACACAAGCAACUCAAUCUCCUGAGGCUAAUGAAACUGAUGUACUUGAACACACACAAGAUGGAAAAACCUCCACAGAACCCACAGAAUUUACAAUGGAGACACUGACUGAUGUCUUCUCAGGAGACACUUUGUCUACCGAUGAUUCUAUUCUGGAAACUGCUUUAACCCCCAUGCCAUCUCAAGUGUCCACAGACAGAGUCAAAGAAAUGGUCUCAACUGAAGAGGACCCAUUUGAAGAUGUAUCAACACAAGCUUCCAAGACUAAAAACAAAACAAUGCCACCAACAGCCCUAAAGAGAAAGACAACACCUCUGCCUCUACAUACAAUAUCUUCUGAGGUGGAAGCUUCAAGUGAAUUAUCUGACCAAUAUGAAUCAACUCAAACAACUAUGUCCAGUCACCUUUUAACAUCCAUUGAUUUUACAAGUAGUUCUCUUUAUGCUGAUUCUGUUUCACCUGAAGAGGAAAUUAACUUUACUGGAGAUUAUGUAACAUCUGCCUCAUCAAGUUCUGGAGAAAGUGCUUCUUCACAACAUCUAGAUGAGAUCACAGACACUGAACAACCAGUUUCUCCAGAAUCAGAUUUAGCAAGCACUGCAUCUUUCCAUACUGCAUCAAGUGAUAGCAUGACUGAAACUGCCAAAACCACUACAAGUACAUACAGCAAAACAGCAGCAACAGAUGAAAAUGACUUAACAGCGGACACAGAGGAAACAGUAUUCAUGACAAGUGCUGAUGACAUUGAAAUAAGUACUGCCUCUAUUGAUAAGGCAAUUCAGGGAAGUGAUUUAACAAGCACAGAUACAUCAUCUAGAUCUGGUAUUUCAGAGGAAACUGCAAGUGCAUUAUUUUCUUCAACAGAUUAUGGCUCAGGGGACCAAACAAUUAAAACAGUUACAGUAUUGUAUGAUACAACAAACUCACCUUUAAUAACUGAAGAUGAUUCAGUGACAUCAUCUAUGGAGAGUGAUAUUGUGAUACACUUUGCAACAACCCCUUUGCACGAAGCAAUUGCAGUAACUGAUGGGGAACUAUAUCACCAAGCUUUGUCUGAGAUGACAGUGACACAUAAGCCCAAUGCAGACAUAAGGAUUGAUGAAGACGUGCCAUUCCCAUCAACAACCAUUUCCACACCUCUUAUAGCUGCGUCAAAGUUUAAUAUGACUACAGACAUAGUAACAUUAGUGGGAUCUCCUUCAUCUACACCCAUACCAGGGCUGAAUGACAAAACGGGAGCUCCACUUUUCUCUGAGGAAGAGACAGAUAACAUAAUAGAUUAUGAUACAAAAACUGAACCUUACAACGUAUAUUCCACACCAGAUUUCAUGAACAAAACAGACAUCGACAAUGAGAGAGGCGUAAACAUUAGCUCAGAAGACGCGACAAGCAUUGAUGACAUCACUUAUCCUGAAGGUGAGAAGAGCUUCUCUACCCCAUCACCUGAUACUGAGACAAGCUUUGAGAGCGCCUCACAGUCUUAUGUUGAGACUGGUUUUGAGACCACCUCACUGCAUGAUGUUGAAACUAGCUUUGAGACCACCCUAGAAACAAAAAAUUACACUGAUAUUGAGAGCUCCUUAAAAUCUGAGGAGGACAGUGCUGACGGAAACACACAAGCAGAAGUUCUUAAUACUGAGACCACCUCACAGCUUGACACUGAAACAAGCUUUGAGACAACCGUGCAACCAGACAUUGAGGGUGAAACUACUUUUGAGAGUGCCUCAAGAACUGAGAGUGAUGCUUUAGUCACCAUGUCACCAAACAGUGGAGCAAGUAGUUCAGAGAAAAGCACCUCUAGAGAGGUAAACACUAUAUUAUCUGAUAAGCAUCACACCACAACAAGACUUUCUGAUGUCACAGAUAAACCAAGUUCCACUGCUACAAGUGAAGAAACAUUUUUGGAAGAAAGAGCUGAGCAUACUACCCGAUUCAAACAAAAUGACACAGGAUUUAGGACCACCACACAACCUCAAUAUGAUGGUUCUGUAACUUCCAGUAUUUUGAAGAGCUACUCAGAGAAGGAUUCAGUUAUCAUCCCAUCAUCUGAUGAGGUUCAGGCAGUAUUUUUGUCUACUGCAACAGCCUCAACUUUUCUUCUGACACCUGAGUCUGAUAUAAAGAUUGUCAGUAAGGAAACUACCUCAAGGAAACAAGAAGCAGCUGUUCAAACUGAGGAAGCUGUAACUUUCUCAACUGAGAUUCCAAUUCAAGAAGAAGCUCAGAUGACAUCAUCAGUACCUACAGCCCAAAGUGAGACUGCAACACCAUCUUCUUCCCAUGAAGAUGUUUCUGAGGCCACUUUAGUUAAAAGCACACCUACAAGUGCACAGAAUGAAAGCACAACACGCAGCACAGCAGACCUUCCAUACACAAUGAUCGGGCAGACAUUUGAUAUUCCAGAUGUUCAUUCCUGUUCUGAUGAUGUUUGCUUGAAUGGAGGCACUUGUGUAAAAAUAGUCGGUGCUCAGAUCUGCAGCUGUCCACCUGGAUACAGUGGUGACCAGUGUGAAAUAGACAUAGAUGAAUGUCACACAAACCCUUGUCGUAAUGGAGGAACAUGUAUUGAUGGCCUGAACUCAUUCACAUGUGUAUGUCUUCCGAGUUAUGCAGGAGCACUGUGUGAGCAAGACACUGAAACAUGCAGCUAUGGCUGGCACAAGUUCCAAGGCCACUGCUACAAAUUCUUUCCUCAUCGGCGUAACUGGGACACAGCAGAGCGUGAAUGUCGCCUCCAGGGGGCACACCUGUCUAGUGUCCUGUCCCAUGAGGAGCAGCAGUACAUCAACCGCCUCGGUCAUGACUAUCAGUGGAUCGGUCUGAAUGAUAAGAUGUUUGAGAAUGAUUUUCGGUGGACGGAUGGUAGUGUUGUGCAAUAUGAAAACUGGAGACCAAGCCAGCCGGACAGUUUCUUUUCCUCAGGAGAGGAUUGUGUGGUAAUGAUCUGGCACGAGGACGGCCAGUGGAAUGAUGUUCCCUGCAACUACCACCUCACCUUCACCUGCAAGAAAGGCACAGUGUCCUGCAGUCAGCCUCCUCUUGUCCUCAACGCCCGCACAUUUGGCCUGCUGCGCCCACGCUAUGAGAUCAACUCACUGAUCAGGUACCAGUGCAUGGAUGGCUUCAUCCAGAGGCAUGUUCCCACCAUUCGCUGCAGAGGAGACGGCACAUGGGAUUUGCCAAGUAUAUCCUGCAUGAGUCCCUCCAACUUCCAAAGGUCAUAUUCAAGGUAUCAGACAUACAGAGUUUUUCGCAGUCAUCGGAAGAGAUCAGCAGAACAUUCUGUUGAUAUUCCCCGACGACACCAUCCCCAUGGUGUAAAACACAAUCGGACACAACAACGAUUGCAAUGGUAACACAACCUAACGCAAGGGCCCUCUUAAUAAUUUUUGAUAGCAUGAAACAGAUCUGUCUGCUGGCUGAGAACAAAGAUUAUAAAAGAAUAGAUUAUGAAAAGGACCAGAAAAAGGGUCACUGGAUUGAAACAGUGGCUUUUUAUCUUUUAACAGAGAAGGUUUUUAAGAACUGCAUAAAGGUCACAUAUUCAGCUGGCCUCUGAAAACGAAACGAUUAUCUGACCUGACCUCCAUCUGUCCCGCUUCUUUUUGGGAAUACACAGUGCCUUCAUAAAUUAUAACUCUCAAUCCAGAUGUAUGUGAGCUAUAAAAGUGCAACUAGCAUGAAUAUUAUAGUUCAUGGUAUUUUAGCCUAUAAUCACAAUGGCAUUUUGAUACACACUUUGUAUUUAGUUUUCUUCAAGUUUACGAGAACCACAGGUGUAUGCAGGCAUCCUGCUGCUUACUGAACAAAUGAGAACUCAUGCAUAUGAAUGUGAAAGAAAAUAUAUUUAUAUAGGGAGACUGAGCAAUGGCUCACAUGGAGUCAGUGUUUAUGUGGUAUAAAAAGGCCAAUUAUAUCCUUAAAAAACUGCAUCCAAUGCAGUGAAUGGUUUUAAUAUCUUAAAGUCAGCACAAUAUUGUUUAAUGCUUUCAAUGCUUUGACUUUAAGCUAUUCAUGUCGAUUUUUAGGUUAUUUAUAAUCCUCUGUUUGAUGUCUCUUUUUUUCAAGUGUUUACAAGGCACAUCUCGAUUCACAUGCAUUAAAUUCAGCCGCCAUUCAUAUCUAUGAACCAAAGAAUCUUACUGUAUUUACUUAACAUCAUUUUCAUCAGCUUUCGUUUUUUUUUUUUUUUUCUCAGACAGUUUAAAACGACUUUAAAGAGAAUGUACUUUGUGAGAUGCUUAAAAGACUUGAAUGAAUGCCUUUUUAACAAGAUGCCUAUAAUUUAUUUCUCGAGCUGCUCCUUUUUCAUUGUUGUAGUAAAAUACAACACACUGAGGAUUUCACUUGGCCAAACUGCACAUUGACAGUGUGUUAAUAGAAUAAUAGACGACAUUUGGAACUCACAGAAUUUAGAUAGAUUUUAUUGUGACAUUUGGGGUAUAUCAAUGGACCAAACGAAGAGGAUUCAUAGUAACAGCAAUUUUUGUUGAACUGGUCAUCCAUUUGUUUUUCCCAAGCAUUUGUUUUUCUCUUUAUGAUCUUUUCUAAUAUGUGUUUACUUGUAUGUUUUUAAUUUUGUGUCCAACCCCCCACCCCCGAAAGUGCACAUAUCUUUUUAUAUUUAUAGUAUAACCUGUUUAUUGUCAAAUGUGAUUGUCUGGAAUGUUUGUGAAAUGGAAAAAUUGUAAGGAACGCUUUUAUGCCUUCUUCGUAAACAAAGUUUAUUAUAUUCUA